AUGAAAGAGCAUGCAAUAUUUGAAGAGACAGUCUCAAGCGAAAAAUUAAAAAUGAAAUACGAGAAGACUGAAGAUCAAGUUGGCGACAUAUUCACUGAUGGGCUAAAACGUGCAAAGUUUGAAGAUUUUAAAAAGCGACUUGAUGAUUUUCAAACGUUCAAUGAUUCAUCUCUUAAGUUUAAGAAUUCGCAGGAUACAGAUAUCAGUUUUAUUGAUCUACAGUCACCACGGCAGAAAAUGCAGACGGAUGAACGUCGACCUCAAGAAGCAGUCACCACGGCAGAAAAUGCACCAUCUAGGGGAAAAACCGCGCAGUCUGGGGGUUCGCAGUAUAAAGGUGUUAGAAGGAGGCCAUGGGGCAAAUACGCGGCGAAAAUUAGAGAUCUGAAGAGACAGGGAGCUAGAAUUUGGCUUGGUACCUACGAGACACCAGAAGAUGCGGUGUUGGCUUAUGAUAGAGCUGCUGUUAAAAUGCGCGGUUCUAAAGCUUAG